AUGUUUGUCAGUGUGAAGGAACGAGCAAAACAGAUCGCAAGUGGGCAAUUUCAGCCGCCGUCAGGUCCGGCAAUCGAGACGGACGUGCCGCAGACGGAUCUGCCGAAGUCGGGGGUCGCGUCGAAGAUCUUGGCUGCGAGGGCUGCGCAGGCGAAGACUGCGGCUUUGAAGGUCGAGUCGGCAAAGGUUGCGUCGACGAAGGUUGCGCCCUCAAAGACCGCGCCGCCGAAAGCUGUGGCUCCGAAGACCGUGCCCGCGAAGGCCGCGCCCGCGAAGACUCCCAGUACCAAAGUUGCGCCUCCAAAAACUACGCCUCCAAAGGCUGAGGCCUCGAAUACCACAUCUACAAAGACCACUUCCUCGAAGACUACGUCUCCAAAAGUGGCGCCCCCAAAAACCGUACCGCCAAAGGCUGCGCCGUCAAAGACUGCGCCACCAAAAACUGUGACGCCAAAGACUGUCCCACCAAAGGCCGUGUCACCAAAGACAUCAUCCUCCAAGAUUUCUUCCUCGAAAACCUCGACCCCAAAAACAUCCGCCCCAAAAGCCGUUGUACCGGAGAUCGUUGUACCCCCACCCGCAAAACCCGUACGCUCAUCAAUCCUCUCAAGAAUUGGAUUCGGUUCGUAUGCAGAAGAAGAACCAGAAGACGACACAGACAUAUCCGACCUCCAAGCCGCCUGCCUAAAACAACUAAGCGGCGUGACAGCACUAAAAGGAAGGCGCCUUGCUAUUGUCUUGAAGCAAGAAGCCUCGUCGAACGAGUGGUAUGCAGCACUGAAAGAUAAGACCUCCGACAAGUACCUGAAGAUGUGGAUGAACCGGAGCAAGACGUUCCCCACGCAGGUUGAAGCGCUCGAGUCGUACCUCGUGUUUGUCAAGAAGAUGAAGAUGGAUUGUAGAUUGUUCCCCGGGGCGCCCAAGAGGAGCAAGAGCAAGUGA